AAAUGUAUCAACGGCGAAAGAGCCAGAACAAAAUAUAGAGCUGAAAGUUUAAAAGUGUUUUUAGUAAUAUUAUUUGAGAAUGGCUUCUUAUCACAGUAAACGCUCACACAUCGGUUGGAUCACCAAGCUCUGCUUGACGUUUAUUCUGGUAGUGGUUUUGCGACAACAUGGAGCUAAUGGAAUCCCUUCCUUCAAUCAAGUCGUGGAUUGUGGCCCCCAAAAUGUAUAUCCAGAAAGUUGCAUGCACGGCAGUUUCGAGUUAAACUUCAACACUGAAUUCUGUCUGCCACGCACACUCUGCUAUACCGGUGAGGGUGAGAUCUGCCGCAGGUAUGGCAAAAUUAGCGAUUGCAAGCCGGGCUUGUAUUGCAACUGUGACCAGCGCUGUGGUAAAAAUUUGAUUAUCUGCUCAUCGCAACGAUUUAGUGGUUGGAAUAUGAGGAACAGGAUAAUGGAAUUAGAUAAUAGGUUUUAAAUUAAUUUUAUGCGCAUAAUGGUUUAGACGGCUCAGCAGCAUCAGAAAUACGCAUUUAUUCAGUAAUUGUAGGUAUAUAGUUAAUUUAUAGUGAAUAAUUAUUACGAUAUAAAAGUAUUUGAUAUCUAUAAAAAAUAAUAUACCCAUACAUCUAUUAGUACUAUAUUAAA